UUUAGAUAAAUUAAUUUGCUCUUAUUGUGAGAUUAAGAAUAUAUUUAAAAUAGUGGUAAUGAAAGAAUUGCGUAUAGUUUUUACUGAACAAAAUUUUCAAGUUGAAAAUAGAUUUUUUAUAUGUAAUAAUAAAUUUUGUAAAUAAAUUCUCCUUCAAGAAAAUUGAAACUGAAAUAAUUCUUAAACAUGCCUUUAAUAAAUAUAACAGAGGAUCAGUUAUACAUACUUGUGUUGCUACAGUUUUAAAAAUGGAUAAAGAAGAAAGCUGCAAAUCAUCCGUUAUGAGGCAUGGAAAAGUGCCGCGGUACCUGGUUUGCACAAGGUCUUAGCAAAAGAAGGCCAGGAAGUGCGCUUCGUAGAGACGAAAUUCUUGUUUUCAACGUGAGCUUAAAGAUAUUCUCCAUCACUGGCUUGCUCAUUCUUAGCGUAGCAUUACUUUAUCUGUGCUUUCAAGAUAAACCAGAUUACACAUUUUUUUGCUUCCUUUGCAUUUCCAUUGUACUUGAAAUACUAGUGCUCGUAUUCAGUACCAUUCCUUGUAUGUGCAAAAGUCAACUGGAAGAUGAACUGCUGCUGAACCACGAGCCAGGACUGGUCACGUAUACGCAAGAAGUGUUUCAACCUGUAAAUAAUCAUACUUUUAGCGUAAAUGAGACUGAAGUUCAUUACAUGGAUUAUGAAACUUCUAAAUAUAUGCAAGCUUGCCAGAAAACAGCAAUUAUGUAUCCACCUAUAAUAAACUCUACUUUUAACGUUCUCUGAUACACAACAGCAAAAAUUAAUUUAAUCAAAAAAAUCUGGGAAACUGCUCAGAAAGAAAUUAAUUUUUACGAGUUUUUUAAUCAUUUUGAGAUCUCUAAGGGAUUAUAAGUAAAUAUUUAUGAAUGUCUAUUUUAUUUAUGUUAUUUACCCGAGUACACUUACAGAGCUUUGUCUUCUUUUCUGUUAUGUCACUGGAGACAUUAUUAAAUGUGAAGAAUUUUAAAAUUUAUGAACUGGUACAUCUGCUACAUAUAAACUGCAUCCAUAUUCUCUUAUCUAAAUGGUUUUAAUAAAAAAGAAUUUUCUUGUCA